AUACAUACAUGCAUCCAUACACAGGAGUGCUGUGAAAUAGUCGAAUCUGAUUGCAUGUGAUGUAUGCAUUGUUACUUAACAAUAAAUUUAAAGAGUUGACUUCAUAAUUGUAUUUCAUAUACAUUCAUUAGCAACCUUCACAAACCAUUCAACUCAUUUUCGAUUCUUCUGUUUCAGCCUUUUGCUUAUUUAACUCUCUUUUUUCAGACCAUUUUCACUAUUUAUACAUCCUUCAUCUUCAACCUGGAUCGCUCACUUCGUUUUCUUCCAUGAUCAUACUCUUAUAGAAACUCUGUAAGCAUUAUAUAUAUGAUUGUUGUUUCAAAACUGUAAGUUUCUUUGAUCUAGUUUCUUGUUUAGCCUGGCUAUAUUCAAGAUUUAUCUUCCUUAAUUCAACAUUUAUAAAAAUCUACCCAGUAUGUAAGUUUAGCCAAUCCGUCCAUUUCUUUUCUUAAAAACAAAAAAAAAAAAGAUUUGAAAAAGGAAGCUUGAUUCGAUCUGGAUCGGAUUCAAACAAUUGUGUAGCGAUACCUUUAUAAAAAUCUACAAAUUAUGUAAGGUAUUUGUCACUGUUCUUUAGAUCGUAUCUGAAAAAAGUUCAAAAAAAAAAAAAAAAAAAAAAAAAAAAAAAAAAAAAAAAACUGUAUAUAGAUUUUAGUAUAGAUAUAUACUAAGAAAUGGAAAAUGGGGAUGCACCAACGGCGCCGGUGUCAGCACCGGCGACGCCUGGGACACCUGGAGGUCCCUUGUUCACUUCUCUUCAUGUGGACUCUCUCUCUUAUGACCGAAAGUCAAUGCCUCGUGGCAAGUGCACGCCAUCAUGGGGCGGACCGAACACAUGCUUCACGGAUUUCCCUACACCGGAUAUCUCUCUCACCCGAAAGUUGGGAGCCGAAUUUGUGGGAACGUUUAUAUUGAUAUUUGCCGCAACAGCCGGGCCAAUAGUGAAUGAAAAAUACACAAAUUCGGAGACACUAAUAGGGAAUGCAGCAUGUGCAGGGCUUGCAGUGAUGAUAAUAAUAUUAUCAACUGGUCAUAUCUCAGGAGCCCAUUUGAAUCCGUCUCUUACGAUUGCGUUUGCAGCCUUCCGUCAUUUUCCAUGGGCCCAUGUCCCGGCCUACAUCUUGGCCCAAGUGUCGGCUUCCAUAUGUGCUUCCUUUGCACUCAAAGGCGUGUUUCACCCGUUUAUGUCUGGGGGUGUCACGGUUCCUACUGUUAGCACUGGUCAAGCUUUUGCCCUUGAGUUCCUCAUCACGUUUAAUCUCCUCUUUGUCGUCACAGCUGUUGCUACUGAUACUCGCGCUGUGGGAGAAUUGGCAGGUAUUGCGGUUGGAGCUACGGUUAUGCUCAACAUUCUUGUUGCGGGGCCGUCAAGCGCUGGUUCAAUGAACCCCGUGCGCACGCUGGGUCCAGCAGUUGCAACAGGGAACUACACGGUGAUAUGGAUAUACCUAUUGGCACCCACACUUGGAGCCUUGGUUGGAGCCGGUGUCUACACAUUGGUCAAACUUCCAACAGCUGAGGGUGAGCAGCCACGUUCAGCUCGAAGCUUCCGUCGUUAAAUGCUCUGCUCUUUUGUUUCGUGUGUGGUUUGAUGUUAAUUAUGAGUUACUUGAGAUUUGUGUUUUAUGGUUUGGCUUUUGUGUUGAUUGUUGUAAUAAAGAAAAACAUGUGUAUUGUGAAAGUUUGCUUAAAGUUUAUGAUAUAUGUAAUCUUUGUUUUGUGAA